AACAGCCAUCCCUAGCAAUCCACUGAGGGCACACUGACACACGGGAAGGAGAGGGUGUGUUUGUGUGAGUAAGAAAGAGUGAGAGACCAAAUCCAAGAGGCAACAGGAGACAGAAAGAGCAGGACAAAGAGCGAGAGACAGAGCCAACAGUCUGAGUGAUUUUGACGGGCAGUUAAGGGCCUACAGUGAAGAAAUUACAAGGGCCGAGUCAGUGAGCAAUGGAUCUUGACUGACGGGACAACAAACUAGUCCACCUGUUCUCCCUGCUGUUAGAAGACUGAUCUCUGGACAUGAAUUUUAAAGGACGUUACUUCACUUUGAACGCUUGAUACACUGGACAACAAGGUGACUGAAGAGAGCAAGCAAUGGAAGGCAAGAUUUGAGUAAGACCAGGAUCAAAUUGUUAGUCUCUAAAACUAUAAAACAUUUUUAAAAAACGAUAAAGGACUGAUACCAGUGUUUUUUUUACAGAAACUUUACUCUAUAUGGAUAGUUGUGCAGCCAAGUAGAGACAUUGCUUUAACAACAAACAUGAAAAUGAAAAGAAAAUGAAUCUUAUUUAAAGCUCCAACUAUCCUUUACAAUGAAAUGCUGCUGUACAAAUGUCUACCUAACAGUGUCUAAAUGUAACUUGGAUGCACAUCCCUGUAAUUACAAAGCAAAUUACAGACAUUUGUAAUUAAGGACCAUCUAUAAAAGGCAACCAAAGAAAGGGUGAGGUCUGUGACGAUAAAAAAAGAAAAAAGAAAAAAAGAGUGGGCCGCAAGGAUACCAGGACAGAGAACAGGACGUCAAGAGUCUCACCAAGAAAAACAGCUGCUUCUGGGGGAUAAAACACACCAUGGAUGCUCAUGGAGGACACUACCUCAACAAAGAAGCUGUGCUGUCACCUUUAGGUGCAGCCCGAAUGUGCCAGCUGCUGCUUGGUUGCACCAUAAUGGCCCUUGUGUCCCACAGUGCUGGCUACAGCGCCACCUAUGGAACCUUCUGCAUGUUUGUGUGGUGCUUCAGCUUUGCUGUCACACUGGUAGUGUUCACCUUGGAUAUUACGCGGCUCCACACGUGCAUGCCAAUAUCCUGGGAUAACUUCACUGUGGCCUUCGCCAUGCUGGCAACACUCAUGUACAUUACCGCCUCUGUGGUCUACCCUGUUUACUUCCUCCAAACAGAGUGCCCUGAUGAAGGCUGUGAAGUCCAAAUUUACCGCAUUGCUGUCACUGUCUGCUCCAGCAUCUGCUGCUUCCCCUACGGUGCUGAGGUGUUCCUAACUCGAGCCAAACCAGGAGCUGUGGUGGGCUACAUGGCCACUGUGUCCGGCCUACUCAAGGUGGUCCAGGGUUUUUCGGCUUGCAUUAUUUUCGGGGCCCUGGCCAAUGACAGUGAGUACACCAACUACAUUGCCACCCAGUACUGUGUGGUGGUGUACAGCCUGUGCUUCUCUGUGACUGUGAUAGUGGUCGUACUGACAGUUUCUGGGAGGACCUCUGCCCUGCGGUUCCCCUUUGAUCGGUUUGUGGUCGUCUACACCUUCUUCGCUGUGAUCCUCUAUCUCAGUACUGCACUGAUCUGGCCCAUCUUCAGCUUUGACCAAAAGUACGGCACCACUACUCGCCCUGAGGACUGCCCACGUGGAGCAUGUCCCUGGGACAGUAAGCUGGUGGUGACAGUGUUCACCAUUGUCAACCUGAUCCUAUAUUUUGUUGAUCUUGUUUACUCCCAGAGAAUUCGCUUUGUGUCCAGCUCUGCCGUCUAAAAAAAUACUACUCAGAGACAAAUACAGAAAGUUUGAGGCCACUUCCACCACAGUCUCUUCAGUCAGAUCUCAUUCCCUUGGAUCCACAGACUCAUGGUGUUGUACACAUGUGAGAAUUUUUUAUUAUCAGUAAUCAUCUAGAAUUGAGCCUGUAGGCAAUAAAACUGACAGCAUCACCCCAAGCUACAAACUUAAAAGCCUUUCUCCAGUUCUGAUGACCUACCAGGGAGAGCCUGCCAGGUGCGCAGAUGAGCUGAUCUCAGCAACUAUGUCCACAGAGGACCCUGGGAAGCACCAAAUACAUCCCUCUGCUUCAAAUGUCAUGCAGGACAGACCUAUGGGAGUAAAAGAUAAUGUUUUGAAACAUCAACAACAGUGUUAUGUCUGUCAGACUUACAGAGGCUGAACAAUUUAUUUAUGUAUUAAUGUAUGUCUUAUGUAUUGAAAGGUGAUUGAUUUUGGCUUUCGAGCCAUUUUGCUGUGUUUUCCCCAAUUUUUAUACAUAUAAUGCUAAAAGUUCAAGAUUAUUAGGCUUAGUCACUAAGGUUAAACGUUUCUGAAACAUGAAUUUUUGUAAGAAAAUUCAGUAAAAACAGUAUUAAAGUAUUACAUUGAUAAUUUAGGAUAAGCACAAUCAGAGUAGUGUAAUAUUUCUUCUUUUGCUAUGUUUCUGACAUGUUCCAUGUUUAAUAAAAUAUCAAAGAGUAUGUCUUGCUGGUCUUUUUGAAUUCUGCAUCAUUUACAGGUAUAAAACAGGUCUUAAAUGAUAUGUGAACCUUUUAUUCUCAACUUUCAGAAGACAAAGG